AUGGACGCAAGGUCUUUGACAGACCUCUUAUCUGCGCUAGAUGGCGAUUCCGCCGUGCACCUCAUCUUGGAGGUGUUGAAACUGCGACCAGCCCUGAGCCCUGCAGUUGUGGGCUUUGCCUGUCCGGCGCUGACCUAUGCCCCUGCACGGGGGAUGAUGGAGCGUCGCUGCCGGGGUGUGGUGAGGCAAGUGGACCGUGCCCAGGGGUUCGGCUACAUCGCGAGCCCAGAAAUCGAGGCUACCUUCGGGAUGGACGUCCUCGUUCGCGAAAGCCAGCUCAGAGCCUUUCAGGCCGGUGACGAGGUAAGCUUCACAUGCGUCUUGAAUGAGGAGCAGAAGCCCCAAGCGUUCGAAGUUCUAACCGCAAAUGGGAUGCCACCUGUGGCCGUGGCGCCUGUGCCAGAAUGGACUGACUGGAAUCACUGGGCGGACGGGAACGAUCCCAAAAAACGCAGACUGUAG